AUGACGAGGUCAAGGACCAAACAACUAAGGAAAAGGUUCAACCUAGCAGUAGAGGCCAUCAUCAAUACAAUGGAACCACAAGAUCUCAUUGGUUUAGAACCAAUGCCCAACAUAAUUCCACACUGUCCUGAAGAGGAUCUAAUAGAGGGAUACACUCGUCUUACGAUCAGCCAGUCAUCCCAACUACAAGCUCCAGGAGAACACAAGCUGGGAGAACCAGAGCUGUGCAAUACACGACAUAUAGACCAAAUGGAGCAACUACUGGAGGAAAACAACAAGGGAAUGGAAAGAACUCAAGACGAAGAUCAAGCUGCCUCAGAGGGUUCCCAAGAGACUUCCUGCACCCAAGAACACAGCCAGAAUGAGCUAAGAUCAGAGGCGUCUCAACACAUCUCAGCUCUGCCUCAUAUGCACCAAGCCCCAACAAUGGCUAGUUCUUCAUCAAACAACCAGAGAAGUCGACCUUCUGUGUGGAUUCACGUGAGGCUGAGCUUCUGUGCUGUAUCAAAGAUCAAUCACAACUCUGUGGUGCACUUCUUUCCGCCAUCAACAUCAUCUAACUGA